CAGAAGCCUCCAGCCGAAGCGUCACGGCCCGGUGCAGCAGCAGCAGCAGCAGCAGCAACGUUCCCGUCACGGAGAGAGAGAGAAGCAGCACCGACGCCUUUUCCAUCCAGCAUCUCCGCCGACCAACACCGAACUCGAGUGGGAGCUCACAACUACACCAAGACCGUCCUCCGGCGACCGUAGUCCCCCCUCUUCCACCUCAAAAUGUCCGUUGGCAGCGACUUUGGGAACCCGUUAAGAAAAUUCAAACUGGUCUUUCUCGGGGAGCAAAGCGUUGGAAAGACGUCUCUGAUCACACGGUUCAUGUAUGACAGCUUUGACAACACGUAUCAGGCCACAAUUGGGAUUGACUUCCUGUCGAAAACCAUGUAUUUGGAAGAUCGAACGCUUUCUCUCUCUGAACCCCAGGUGAGGUUGCAGCUCUGGGACACAGCAGGACAGGAGCGCUUUAGGAGCCUCAUCCCCAGUUAUAUCCGGGACUCCACUGUGGCCGUGGUGGUCUACGACAUUACAAAUGUCAACUCGUUCCAGCAGACGUCAAAGUGGAUCGAUGACGUGAGAACAGAGAGAGGAAGUGACGUCAUCAUUAUGCUCGUCGGCAACAAAACAGACUUAGCAGACAAGAGGCAAAUCACAAUCGAGGAGGGCGAACAGAGAGCUAAAGAGCUGAGUGUCAUGUUCAUCGAGACCAGCGCCAAGACGGGUUACAACGUCAAACAGCUGUUCCGGCGUGUUGCAGCUGCCCUUCCAGGGAUGGAAAGUAUGCAAGAAACAAGCAAAGAAGGGAUGAUCGACAUCAAGUUGGACAAACCGCAGGAGCCCCAGACCACCGAAGGCGGGUGCUCCUGUUAAUACUCAGCAUACCUCCUGGAAAAGAAACAUCAUUUACCCCACAUGCUUGUUAUGUUGCUUCCUAUUGGUUAUCCCGCAGUUGACUUUGCACGUUGAGAAUCUGGCCUCUUCACCUGGUUGGAACUAGCAAUAUGUGAAUUUGGUUCUAAAGUAGUAUAGCCUACUUUGUCAACAAAACUGCCAAAAAAAAAAUCCUACAACUUGCUAAAAAAAAAAAAAAACAAACAAACAAAAAAAAAACAACAAAUACAUGGAAAAAAUAUCCCCAGGCUGCAUAUGUGUAUACAAUUUUUUUUUAAGUAGAAAAGAAAGUUUCCCCAGUUUCUUUUGUAUUUUUGUAUAUUCAGGGAAUUUUCUCUGGAAAUGUUUGGUUUUUUGUUUGUUUGUUUUUAAAGAUGCAAAGCUCUGUCUUUGGGAGCCUGAAAAGAAGAGAUGGUUUUAGAUGCAUUCUUAUGGAUGCAGCUGUUGUUACGGGCAAAGAUAGAAAUCUAGACUCCAUUCUGACAACAAACUCUUAUUAACCCCUAACAUAGCUUUUUCUUUAACCAUCUCCAGCCAAUCGCAGCCCAUAACCCAGCUGGGAUCCAUAAUUGUGCGCUAAUGGACAAACUGAACAGUAACAUCUUGAGUAUCUAAUGCAUGCCUAGUUUUUAAGCAUAGGUACUGUCUACCGUGUACACAAGUUUGAAUAUGUAAAUGGUAACAUUACACCAGUGACUUGAUGCAUUCUGAUAAGUCUUUUUGUUGAUGAACUGGAUUUGUAUACUUGACUUCAGAAUAUCUUUUUGUCGUGCGUGCGUGUAACUGUGUGCUUUCUGUAUAGGCAACAUUAGAAUGCAGUUCUAUAGAGGGCCACUGCCAAGUUGUGUCAUUCUCGCCACAUUAUGGCACCUUUUCAGUCACCGUUUGUUCGCAGCGUGUCAUAGACUUCCCCCCCCACUCGCCACUACAUGACAGCUGCUGUUGCAUUGUGUGAUCUCUUGUGAUUAUGAUAGUCUGCACAUACAGUGGACUGUAAGUGGAGAAUCAAAGCCCUCGCCUUGGAUGGCAAGACGUUUAAACGUUUAAUAGUAGAGUUUGACUAUUUGGAAUUAAAAUUGCAGAUAUCAACAGCAGCAUUUUGAGUGGUUGUAAUUAAAAGACAGUUACAGAUAUCUGUAAUUCAGUUUUGACUCGUCAAUAUCAUAGUUGCCAAUGUCUCAAAUGUCCCAGCAAAGCAUUUGAACAGUGUUAGCAGAAGUAAUAGCAGCUGCUGUGGUGGAUGAGAUUGUUAGAAAAUGCUGUGAAAUAGAAAGAGCUCAUCAGUGAGGACUUUGUGGAGAAGGAAAGCUUUGUUCAUUAGAGACUUGAGCAAGAAAUCUAAAAGAACUUCGGCCUCAGGCUACUCUGACAUGGUGAUAUAAUAGCCUGUCAUGUGCAAUUACGGUUGCAGCACGAUAGUGUUUGAAAAGCGAGCCGCCUCCACCUCCUCUUGGCCGUAACUACAGAUAGCUGCACCUUCAUUUAAUCCAAACUCUAAUUCAAGAUACCUGUUAUUAAAUUUUGAUGAGACAUAAUUCCAGUUUUGAGUUAUCUACAACAUCACGACCAGUUCAAACUUACCGUAUUUUCGCGACCAUAAGACGCACCGUAUUAAAAGGCGCAGUCUCAGUUCCGGGUGCUAUUUCUGUAUUUAACACAUACAUAAGGCGCACCGGAUUAUAGAGCGCGUGCAGGUAAAACAUACCUGUACUAGCUUAAAACAUGCAUGCUAGCGUGUGUUUUAAAAAAGGCAGCGGAAGCAAAACUGAGUUCAGUUGUACUUUAUUGAAGUAUUUAGCGAUGUUUUCACGUUGUUUUUUGAUCAGUCCUCAUUCACAAAUCCAUCAAAGUCCUCAUCUUCUGUAUCCGAAAUGAACAGCUGGGCUAGUUCUCCAUGGAACACGCCAGGUUCCCGCUCGUCAUUGUCAGAGUCAGUCUCGUUGCCGUGCGGCUCCUCAUAAAUGAUGCCGGCUUUUGCGAAAGCUCGAACAACAGUGCAAGCAGACACGUUAGCCCAAGCAUCCGCAAUCCAUUCACAAAUUGUGGCGUAACUCGCCCGGCGCUGCCUCCCAGUCUUAGUAAAACUGUGUUCGCCAUCUGUCAUCCAUCGCUCCCACGCCGUUCGCAACUUCACUUUGAACGCCCUGUUUACACCGAUGUCCAGCGGUUGGAGUUCCUUCGUCAAGCCUCCCGGAAUGAUAGCAAGCUCCGAGUUCAUUUGCUGCACUUGGUUUUUCACAGCGGCUGUGAGAUGGACGCGCAUGGAGUCACAGAUCAACAGGGACGGUGACGCCAAACCCAUGUUGUUUUGCAUAAUGCAAAUACCGGCACUAUAUACCAACUGGGGGCGUGUCUUUAGCGUCUUCUUUCACGCCCACACUUCCUCCUUUAACGUUCUCAUGCUGUCCUCUGUCACGUCCACCUUUUCUCUAUAUAAGCAGCGUGUCAGCAGGAAACGCUGUCAGUCAGUCAAGAGGAGCUCAUCAAAGUCACACAGUAACAUUUACAGAUGUUGGAACUCUGUGCACACAUAAGGCGCACCGUAUUAUAAGGCGCUCUGUCCAUUUUGGAGAAAAUUUAAGACUUUUAAGUGCGCCUUAUGGUCGCGAAAAUACGGUAAUUGAAGAGUUUUGAAAGGAAUGAUUUAGAUAGAUUAAGUUUAGAGAUACUGAAGAUGUCUUGAACUGGUGUUAGAAGACCAACAUGCCAAUGGAUGGUGGAUGGAAGUCGCAGCACUAGCAGCAACGUGACCGUUGCACUAGACCAAUGUAGUAAAAGGGAAGUCUAGCCAGAAAGCAAAGCUCUCGAUUUACAGGUCGUUAUUCCAGCUGUCACUUAACUUCAUGAACUCUGUGUGGAGACAGAAAGAAUGAGGUCGUGAAUACAAGCAACCAAAAUGAGUUCCCUCCUGUGACUUUCUGGGCUCAGCCUUAGAGAUAGAGUGAGGAGCUUAGGCUCUGGAUGAAGCUCAGAGUAGAGUCACAUCUCCUUUGCAUUGAAAGGAGCCAGCUGAGGUAGUUCAGAUCUGAUUAGAUGCCUCCUGGGCAUUUUGGACGAGACCCAGAACUUGGUGGAGUGCUGAGAAGGAGCUGAAAAGCAAUGGUGGGGAAAGGGAUAUUAGGAAUGACUUGUUCAGGUUGCUGCCACCAUGGCUGGACCCCAGAUAGGCAAAAGAAAAAGAAUGGAUGGAUUAAACUAGAUUUAUGACAAGUCAAAAUUCAGCUGUAGAUAUGUGAAACUGGAGUUACAAUGAGUCAUAAUUCGUCUGCAGAUACCUGUGAUGUCAUUUGUGUUGGUACAAUGCCAAUGUUGACAUCUCAAAUGCUGUUUUUGACUAGAACUGAUUGAAUUAUGGAUGUCUGUGUACAUAUCCAGUCUAGCUAUUAAAUGUUAAACCGUCUUGCCGUGCGCCUUCAACUGUAAUAUAGGUCCUGUGAUCAAAACAGACCUUUAACAUUGUAAAUCAGCUUCAUUCCUGAUAAAAGACUAAUUUGCACAUGUAGACCUUUCAGGUUAAUAUGAAGUUCUGAAAAGCUUCAUUGUAAAUGUACAGUCACUUAAUUCAAAGACAUGUCUGAUUGUCAUAGAAACUGUCACAUAAUGUGUUCUCACUGAUAUUUUCUUUGCUGCUUGUGUUGAAACUGACUACUGGCAUUAUGCAAUGUUGCAAUGGUGUUUUGGAUUUUCUUUUAUUCUCUUUUGUAUUUUUCUUCAGAGCCAGGAAUCAUAACGUACUGGUGGUGAGGUCAGCCAGUGUUAAGAACACUACUUUGAUUUGAAGUGAAAUCCUUACUGCACUUUUUAAGAACAUGUUUUAGAGUUAGAGUGACAAUGUAAGUCUUAGAAACAUGGUGACAAAAAAAUCAUUCGAAGUACUGUGUCUUAGAGUAGAGUGAAACAUUUAUGAAUUGUUCACACGUCCAAAAAGGGGAGCACUCUUGUGAGAACUAGUGAACCUUUCUAACCAACAUAAUGAGCCAAAUAAUAAUAAUAUUAAUAAUAAGAGACGGAAGUGGAUCUACAUGAGAUCUUGACUGGAACAAAUUUUUUGUGGGUUUGAGGAUGACAAAGACAAGUUGCAUUUUAAGUUUCCCCCUGAAAUUUAAAAAAUAAAGCCUUGUAAUGUACGAGCCCUCGGUUCUGCUGCCUAUUAUCUGGAAACAGGGAUGUUCUGCUCUCAUUACUGAGCACACAGCCUAGUAAGAGGAGCACUUUUCAGAAAUGACUCAUGGGUAUUUAUUUUUUAAACGAGGACAAAAUGAUUGAUUGGUAGCUACAGACACUUGUUUGUAUUUUGUUCCCUUUAGAUAUGAAAGUAGAGUUCAGUUUGUUCCCUGAAGGCCUGUUUUAACAUUCCCUUGAAAUGGACCAAGUGAUGCAACCAAUGUCUGAGUGUGUCGGAGAAGAAGAGGGUCUGAAUUAGAGGUGGGGGGGCAGCAGUUAUUCCCUGAAGGUGUUUCUGUUGCAGCUCUGUGCAGCAGACUGAUCAGUCCAGAGCUGGCUCUCCAUUCACACUGUACAGAGAUCUAGCAUGUCUCUCCAAAUGAUUAAUAAAGAUGUCUUAUUACCAAAA